AUUAGUGGUUUGCAAAUCCAGCAUUUGUAUUGCUCGAAGAAGCUUGGAGUUGGAAGAUCCACAGUCAGCGCCACCUGUACCUGGUCGAUCCCCUAGCUGUAGUGUAGGCAAAGGUCUGCUCCAGAAAGGAUAGUGAAAUAUUAUUAGUACAGAUACUUUGUUUCUCAAGCUCGGUGCAUGUGGGCGACCAUAAUUAUAACGACAAAUCCUUUCAGGACCUUCUUCAAGCACCCAUUACGAAUUGCCUCGCGCUGUUAACCUACUGCGUUGUGCGUGGGCCACGUUUCCACUUGUGCUGCUCCGCAUCCGACCAAGUCAGUGCUACUAGUAUUGAAAAGCUCUGACGCUUCUUGUGUUCGAUUUUGCUUUUCACGCGCACGGUGGAGCAGUAUCGGUAUUCUCUCCUACUGUUUGUUGGAUCGCGCCAGCACUAGUAAAUUGGCGCAGGAAACAGGAAACAAUGGAUUUAGCUGAAAAGGUGAAGCGUUAUGGCGCUCGUCUGUCUAAGUUUCCAUCUGCUCUGGUGGACGAGAAGGAAGCCCUGCGUUGCUUGGACGAACUCAACAAGAUUGCCAUGACCACUACUGUUCUAGAGGACACGAAGAUUGGACGUACCCUGAAUGACAUUCGCAAGGGAUCAGCCGUAAUGGAAGCUAGUGCAUUGGUAUGCAAGCAGUGCAAGGAUACAAUUCGCCGCUGGAAGUCCCUUGUCACAAGUGGUGAACUGCCGAAAGCACCUCCUUUGAAUAUCAAGCCAGUGGUGCCAACUCCAUCACUUCCGACUAGUCCACCCGCCAAGUCGUCGAGCAAAUCACCGCACACCCCAUCAGCAAGGUCUCUGGAACAGCGGCCAAGUAAAAGUCAUGGUCAAGUCUCAUCGUCCUCAGCUUCCUCUCAAGAUGGCACUGUGAUCACGAAUAGAUCAAACUCUUCACCCACCGCCCUGACGUCGCCAGCUACCGCCUCCUCCGCACCAAGGAAGCAAGCUGGUCCCAUGGCACGCUCGUCUUCAACACAGCAACUACUCUCCACGGGGAAGAGACGUGCACAUGCACCUGCCAAGAUCGAGUCGCCCAGCAAGAGACCUUGCUUCGAUCCGACCACUCCGGAUACGCCAUUGUCUCCACCGAAGACUGCGUACAAGCCGCAACCCCCACCACCGCCUCAGUCACGUGACCUCGCAAAGCGGCCAGCAGCAUCUGUUUUGGACCAACGUGAUCUGGACACCAGCAUUGGACAACGUGCACAGAACACACACACCAUAUACUCUGGCAGAAGACGAGGAGGCCGCUCGUUGCCAACUCUCAUGGAACUGUCCAUGCAAGUGCUUAUCGACAACAUUGACUGCGUCGAGCAAACAUACUUGCCGUAUCAUGUUAUUUCGCCACUUCUUGAGAAGGCGUCUGCUGCACAGCUUUCACGCCUGGAGUCGUUCAACCCGCAAAUAGUUGAUGACACCGGUGAGCUGUGGAAGCGCCACUGCAUGAAGGACUUCCGCACUGCAGGGCCACAGGAAGGCGAGUCUUGGAAAGACUGCUACACUCGAACUGCUGAGGAGAAAAGUAACCGCCUACAAUCGCUCACUGCCCGGAUUAAGAAGACCAGUCAAAAGCAAGCACAAGAAGAUGCUAAACAUGCGGCCAAGUUCACGGAGGUGACCCGUGCCCCACGCCGUAGAACUGUGGCGUCGGCCCCGUCUUCUUGGCAGCGUCCUGCAACAACUCCGUUCAGCAGAGCUGCUUCUUCAACUGGCAAGCCUCUGAUGCAGAAAACUAUGAAAAUGAUGGCAGCAAGACGGCAAAUGAAUGUGCCAGCGAAGCCUCUGGGUCGACGAUAGAUGUUCGCCAAGAUGCAGAUGUAUUUGUUGUUCUGUUCGCACUGCUGCUGCACAUAUGCUUGAUUAUCCUGCUCUGUGGCAUUUUGAUCACCCUGUAUUUUGUUUAGAAGCAUCCCUGAUCACCUUCAUGUGUAAUUUUAUUUCAAACCAAUGAAUAGUUUUUUUCUUCCUACCGGUAAAUUGCUAGCUGCAUAUUUUCUAGCAAUGUGAUAUCACUGGAAGCUAUUCUUAUGCCACUAGUGCCAGUAGAGGUUCUGCUCACGCCUAGUCUCGUUUUUUUUAUGAGUUCGAACUGGCACCUAUCACCUUCUCGAAUACGUGAACAUUUCUAUUUUCCUUUUUCUGAGACUGAAGUUUCUAUUACCAAAACUAUGUUACUUGUCUGGUAAAAAUAUUAAUAAUAAACCCACCACGAUUUCGGGUGCAUCACUAUUUUUUUAGUUAUUUAGUAUUUACUGAUUUUACUCAGUACUGAUAUACAGUAUUAACACUGGA